CGGCUCCUUCCCGCUCCCUAACCUUGACGACAGAGGGGCGCCGGCCUCUGCGGGUGAGGAGAGCGGGACGAGUUCGUGGCGGCAGGAACAUGCUGCACUUUGGCGUAAAUUGCAAUCGAUUAGGGAUCGUUUCUCAGACUCAAGUUAGAAGUGAGAGUUCAGAUAAGUGAGGCCGCCAUUGCUGCUUUGAACACCUCAGAAGGGGAGAAUGGAUUUAUCAGGAGUGAAAAAGAAGAGCUUGCUAGGAGUCAAAGAAAAUAAUAAAAAGUCCAGCACUAGGGCUCCUUCUCCUACCAAACGCAAAGACCGCUCUGAUGAGAAGUCCAAGGAUCGCUCUAAAGAUAAAGGGGCCACCAAGGAGUCGAGCGAGAAGGAUCGUGGCAGGGAUAAAACUCGAAAGCGGCGCAGCGCUUCCAGUGGCAGCAGCAGCACCAGGUCUCGGUCCAGCUCUACCUCCAGCUCGGGCUCCAGUACCAGCACGGGCUCAAGCAGCGGCUCUAGCUCCUCUUCGGCAUCAAGCCGCUCUGGAAGUUCCAGCACGUCCCGCAGCUCCAGCUCCAGCAGCUCCUCCGGUUCUCCAAGCCCUUCUCGGCGCCGACAUGACAACAGGCGGCGGUCCCGCUCCAAAUCCAAACCACCCAAAAGAGAUGAAAAGGAAAGGAAAAGGCGGAGCCCUUCCCCUAAACCCACUAAAGUGCACAUUGGGAGACUCACCAGGAACGUGACCAAGGAUCACAUCAUGGAGAUAUUCUCCACUUAUGGGAAGAUUAAAAUGAUUGACAUGCCUGUAGAAAGGAUGCACCCCCAUCUGUCCAAAGGCUAUGCGUACGUGGAGUUUGAGAAUCCAGAUGAAGCCGAGAAGGCGCUGAAGCACAUGGAUGGAGGACAAAUCGAUGGCCAGGAGAUCACUGCCACAGCUGUGCUGGCCCCCUGGCCUCGGCCGCCCCCCAGGCGAUUCAGCCCUCCCAGGAGAAUGCUGCCACCACCUCCCAUGUGGCGCCGGUCACCCCCGCGGAUGAGGAGAAGGUCACGCUCCCCGCGGCGCAGGUCCCCCGUGCGCCGGCGCUCUCGCUCUCCUGGCCGCCGCCGCCACAGGAGCCGCUCCAGCUCCAACUCCUCCCGAUAAGCAGGGCCACCAAAGCUCUGCUCCCUGUAACUUAUAUCCCAACCAACUCAGUUUUGUCACUUUUCUAGCCGAAGGAGGAUCGGUAGGAAAGAAAUCCCUCACUCAGGCAGGCUUCGAAGGCAGCAAUUUAGACGUUUCCUCUGAAGGCCAAGUUCCAGCUGCAGAAGUGUUGCUGGUUUGAGGUUGUGCCUAUAAAGAUGCCCUCCAGUUUUCUGGCUAGAAAGCUCCCACAUUUCCAGUCCCUUAGAGGGUCAGUUCAGUGGCAAAGCCAGCAGGGAUGAGCAGGGCUCCAGGUGGCACUGUGGCCCCAGUCUGGGAGUACGUUUUUCCAUUCCACACAUGACCUGGGGCUGUCUGGUGGCGUGCAGGAUCCUUCAGGAAGGGUUGGUCUUCGUGUGGCUGCCGUUCCUGUUAGCCUGGCCCUGCUCCCCUGCUUGAGUCCUCUCUGACCUCCAGGGUCAAAUGCUCCAUGGUUAUUGCCAUAAAUGGUUCUGUUUUUACAUGUACUCACGCGCACACAUACACACACACCCCUCGUCUCCUUUUCUCUCUGAAAUUGGUGAGCAAGUUAAGAGCCAGCUCUGCAGGGUCAUCAUGGACCCCCCUGUUGCGGCUUUUAUUCAUGGUAGUCUUGCAGGUUACCUUGGCAAUGUGUACAUUGCUUUUUUGGCUUUUACUGUACAGUCAGUACUACAAAUUUUCUGUUUUGAGUUUUGUAACUUUGUAGCAUUUUAGAUAAUGUGUUUGUACUUUGUUGUGUAGAGUGAAAGGAUUGUGUUGAAUAAAGCUAGGAUUAGACUGCA